CCUCACAAGUAUAAGUGUGUGUGUGUGUGUGUGUGCAGGGGGAAAGGGGCAGUGCCCGGACCCCUACACCCAGAUAGUGUAACAGGAAAGCAGUGAGGCAAAGACGUAGAGAGGGUGCACUGGGAUGCCAAUGAACACCAUAAUUUGUGGAGAUGCUACCACCAGUUUCCUCCGUGCAGCUCGCUCAGGUAAUCUGGACAAGGCUCUAGACCACAUCAAGAAUGGCAUCGACAUCAACACAGCCAAUCAGAAUGGACUCAACGGGCUGCACUUGGCCUCGAAGGAAGGCCACGUUAAAAUGGUGCUGGAACUACUGCACCAUGGUAUUGUACUUGAGACGGCCACAAAGAAAGGAAAUACUGCUCUUCACAUAGCAGCCUUAGCUGGUCAAGAACAGGUGGUCACUGAGCUGGUCAACUAUGGAGCCAAUGUCAAUGCUCAGUCUCAGAAGGGCUUCACUCCUCUCUACAUGGCUGCACAAGAGAAUCACCUCGAGGUUGUGAAGUUUCUCCUGGAUAAUGGAGCCAAUCAGACCAUUCCAACUGAGGAUGGCUUUACCCCUCUUGCUGUGGCUCUUCAGCAGGGCCAUGAGAAUGUGGUGGCCCUGCUCAUCAACCACGGUACUAAGGGCAAGGUCCGCCUUCCCGCACUGCAUAUCGCUGCCCGAAACGACGACACCCGCACUGCCGCUGUGCUCUUACAGAAUGACCCCAAUCCUGAUGUCUUAAGCAAGACAGGCUUCACACCACUCCAUAUCGCAGCCCACUAUGAAAACCUGAAUGUUGCCCAGCUGCUUCUGAACCGAGGAGCUGAUGUGAACUUCACACCCAAGAAUGGGAUCACACCUCUACAUAUUGCAUCCAGGAGAGGAAAUGUUAUCAUGGUCAGACUUCUGCUGGACCGAGGAGCAAAGAUUGAUGCUAAGACAAAAGAUGAGUUGACUCCUCUUCACUGUGCUGCCAGAAAUGGCCAUGGGAGAAUAAUCGAGAUCCUUCUGGACCAAGGAGCCCCAAUACAGGCCAAGACCAAAAAUGGCCUGUCGCCAAUACAUAUGGCAGCCCAGGGCGAUCAUUUGGACUGUAUCAAACAGCUAUUACAGUACAAUGCAGAGAUUGAUGACAUCACUCUAGACCACCUGACACCACUGCAUGUGGCGGCACACUGUGGACAUCAUCGCGUGGCCAAGGUGCUCCUGGACAAAGGAGCCAAACCAAACACCCGUGCUCUGAAUGGCUUCACGCCACUCCAUAUUGCCUGUAAGAAGAACCACAUGCGUGUAAUGGACCUGCUAUUAAAGCAUUCUGCGUCCCUGGAGGCGGUAACAGAGUCAGGGUUGUCCCCGCUGCAUGUGUCUUCCUUUAUGGGUCAUCUGAAUAUAGUGAAGAUCCUAAUGCAGAAAGGAGCAUCGCCGCAUGCCUCAAACGUGAAAGUGGAAACGCCUCUGCACAUGGCAUCUCGAGCUGGUCACUGUGAAGUUGCUGAGUUCCUGUUGCAAAAUGCAGCUCCAGUGGACGCCAAAGCCAAGGAUGACCAGACGCCGCUACACUGUGCAGCCCGUAUGGGUCACAACGAGAUGGUGAAGCUUCUGCUGGAGCACAAAGCAAACCCCGACUCCAACACAACAGCGGGACACACUCCACUGCACAUCGCCUCCCGUGAGGGACACACACAAACUGCCAGCAUCCUCCUGGACGUCAACGCCCAGCUAACCAAAAUGACCAAGAAAGGCUUCACUCCUCUUCAUGUGGCGGCCAAAUACGGGAAGCUGGACGUGGCAGUGCUGCUUUUAGAGAGAGGAGCCAAUCCAAAUGCUGCAGGCAAAGUUGGACUCACGCCGUUGCAUGUGGCCGUCCAUCAUAACAAUCUAGAUGUGGUCAAUCUUUUACUCGGCAAAGGGGGAUCGCCGCACAGUGCCGCUCGAAAUGGCUAUACUCCGCUCCAUAUUGCUUCGAAGCAGAACCAGGUGGAGGUAGCGAGUAGUUUACUGCAGCAUGGAGCUUCUGCCAACGCUGAGUCACUGCAAGGGGUCACACCUUUACACCUCGCAUCCCAAGAGGGACAACCAGACAUGGUGUUGCUGCUUAUCUCAAAGCAGGCCAAUGUAAAUCUGGGCAAUAAGAGCGGUCUGACCCCUCUUCACCUUGUGGCUCAGGAGGGGCAUGUUGGGAUUGCUGAUAUACUAGUGAAACAUGAGGCGUCCGUCUACGCUGCCACACGGAUGGGUUACACUCCCCUUCAUGUGGCUUGUCAUUACGGCAAUAUCAAGAUGGUUAAGUUCCUCUUACAGCAACAGGCCAACGUAAACAGCAAGACCAGGAUGGGGUAUAUGCCGCUCCAUCAGGCUGCUCAACAGGGCCAUACGGACAUCGUGACGCUUCUCCUGAAACAUGGCGCACAACCAAAUGAAAUUACAUCUAAUGGUACAUCAGCUCUUGCCAUUGCAAAGCGACUUGGAUACAUCUCAGUCAUUGACGUGCUCAAACUGGUCACCGAAGAGACAGUCACUAUGACCACCACAGAAAAACAUCGCAUGAGUUUCCCGGAGACAGUUGAUGAGAUCUUGGAUGUGUCUGAAGAUGAAGGAAUUGCACAGCUAACGUUAGGCGAGGAGCUGCUGGGGAACGAGGGUGCCAGGUAUUUCAAGAUGGAGGACUUAAAGGACCAUGAUGAGGAUUUCCUUUCCCCCAAGAAAGUUCUAGAGAAUCAUUCCCCUGCUCUUCCAAGGAUCCCAUGCGUGUCUCCCGAAACAGUCAUGCUGAAAGAACAUGAAAUUGAGCAGCAGCAGACGCCACUUCCUUUGGCCAAGGAGUACGAUGAGGAUUCCCUGAUUCCCAGCAGUCCCGCCACAGAAACAUCAGACAAUGUCAGUCCGGUGGCCAGUCCCAUCCACACCGGUUUCCUGGUGAGCUUCAUGGUGGACGCUCGUGGCGGCUCGAUGAGAGGGAGUAGACACAACGGCCUGCGUGUCAUCAUACCUCCUCGAACCUGUGCGGCUCCGACACGCAUCACCUGCCGCCUGGUCAAGCCUCAGAAACUCGCUACACCCCCUCCUUUAGUGGAGGGCGAGGGUCUCGCCAGCCGGAUCAUCUCUCUGGGUCCCGCCGGCAUGCAGUUCUUGGGGCCUGUGAUUGUUGAGAUUCCUCAUUUUGCGGCACUCGGUCGGGGAGAUCGUGAACUUGUGGUCUUGAGGAGUGAGAACGGAUCAGUCUGGAAGGAGCAUCGUAAUCGAUAUGGUGACGAGGUGUUGGAGACCAUCCUCAAUGGCAUGGAUGAAGACCUGGAGAGUCAGGAGGAACUCGUGAAGAAAAGGAUCAGGCGGAUCAUCUCGACCGACUUCCCGCUCUACUUUGCCGUGGUGUCCCGUAUCCAGCAGGAGAACGAUCUGAUUGGCCCAGAAGGGGGUUCUCUCACCAGUAAGCUGGUGCCAUUGGUCCAGGCCAGUUUCCCUGAGACGGCCGUCACCAAGCGUGUCCGUCUUGGACUGCAGGCCCAGCCGGUCCCCGAUGAGCUGGUGGCCAAGCUUCUGGGGAACCAAGCCACGUUCGGGCCUGUGGUGACAGUAGAGCCUCGCCGGCGCAAGUUUCACCGUCCCAUUGGCCUGAGGAUUCCUCUGCCUCCCUCCUGGAGGUCGAGUCCACGGGACGCCGGCGAGGGCGACACCACCAGCCUCCGCCUGCUCUGCAGUGUCAUCGGUGGCACAGCUCCUGCCCAGUGGGAAGAUAUAACUGGCACCACCAAACUUAUGUAUUCCAAUGAUUGUGCCAGUUUCACCACCAACGUCUCUGCCCGUUUCUGGCUGGCAGACUGUCCUCGGACGGCGGAGGCCGUGUCCUUCGCUAACCUUCUGUACCGCGAGCUGUCCGCCGUGCCGUACAUGGCCAAGUUUGUAGUUUUUGCAAAGAUGAAUGAAGCCAGAGAGGGUCGUCUCCGUUGUUAUUGCAUGACUGAUGACAAAAUGGAUAAAACCCUGGAGCAGCACGAGAACUUUUCUGAAGUGGCUCGUAGCAGAGACAUUGAGGUCAUGGAGGGCAUGCCGUUGUACUUGGAGUGUUCAGGAAACCUGGUUCCCAUAAGGAAAGCCGCCCAGCAGCCUCGCUGUUUCAGCUUCCAAGCCUUCAGAGACAACAGACUGCCUGUGUCUGUCAAGGUGCGAGACAGCAGUAAAGAUCCCUCUGGCUUUUUGUCUUUCUUGCGCAAAUCAACCAAAUACGAAGAUUGUCAACAUGUUUUGUGCAACCUCAACGUUACUAUGCCACCAUGCAUUAAGAUCAUAGGAAGUGAUGAACGAAGGAGGACUCUGACACCUUUGGCUCUGAGAGAAAGAUACAGUGCUUUAAAUGAACCAGCCUUGGCAUCACUGAGCGCCAUGGAAAGGACGGAGUUAAAGAUGGCUUUAAUAGCUGAACAGCUAGGCCUGAGCUGGGCUGAGUUGGGACGUGAACUGCAGUUUAAUGUAGAUGAAAUAAAUAAGAUCCGUGUGGAGAAUCCCAACUCCCUUUUAGAGCAGAGCUCAACACUGCUCAACCUGUGGGCCGCUCGAGAGGGGAAGAAAGCUAAAAUGGACAGCCUGUACGUGGCCCUUAAGAGUAUUGACCGAGUGGACAUUGUGAACAUGAUGGAGGGACAGGGACCACCAACAGGUCAGCAGGGGGGAUGGGAGCAAGAGGCUUCCAGGUCUAGGCAUCAUGAGAGGGACCAUCUAUCUCCUGCCAUUACAAAUGGUUACGGGCUGGUGGUACAGGAGGAACUAGUCUCACCCGCCUCCAUGCAGUACAGUCUACCUUCGCCACUGGGCAAUGAGCCCUACUGGCAAGAAGUAUCGAGCAUGGAGUGUGCACCAAUCGCUACCACUGAAGAGGACACACUCAUGGAGAUGUCUGAGGUACAGGUUUGGCCCUCAGGCAAUAGUCCUUCCAUUGUGACCGUUGAGGAUUCGUCACUGGAGUGCAGCAAUGCUGACGACCUGGGCCACUCGAGGAGCGGGACUCCCGGUGGAAACGGACCCGAGGGACUUGCUACUCAGAGAGGGUUGAGUGGAUCCAUCGAGCUCCUCGAGGAUCAGUCCAUCGGGGCGGAUUCAGAUUACAGUGCCGCUGGGAUGCUGUGUCUGAGCGAAGGGGUCAACAUCAAUGCUCUGGACAGAGGUCAGGGGUUGGAGAGGUCAGAAGGGGCUGUUGGUCAAGAAGUCAACAACGUUAAAGACGCUUCCAAUGGAGGGUUGGGAGAAGGAGGAGGUGACGGCACAAACUUAGAAGAUAGCGUAUCUCUCAUUUCAGGGCAACAGCGAAUUUAUGCUCGAGUGAGUGAGUCACCUGGGCUAAGAAGACGGGCAGAUCAUGGGGAAGACAGGUUAUGUGGAGGGUCGUUCCUGUCUUACCUGCAGGAGCAGGGGUCUCCCGGUUGGCACUCGCCCCCAGAUCCGACUCUGAACCGAGUGGGGUCUCUACAAUGCUCCCUUCCCAGACAGGCAAUCGAGUCUAUGAUGUCCUCAGUGCGCGCCGCAGUGGACUGCGACUCUAAGCAGUCUUGCCUGGCACAAGAAGCCCUGAUUGAGCCGGUGCGGGACAUGGGGCAUUCGGAGAUCAUCCACGGGCAUUAUCAGGGCACUCAACCUUUUGAGAAAGGACUAGGGUUCCCACACAGAACAGCUAACAUUCGGGCUUGGGAGGACAUGCGUCUAAGAGGACAGGGUGAUGAGGCAGAGGACCUUCACGGAGAGCAAGUGAGCGAGGAGCAAUUUACAGAUGAGCAUGGCAACAUCGUCACCAAAAAGAUUGUGAGGAAGGUGGUCCGGAGAGGAAAAGGGGAGGAAGGGGUUCAGGAGCUCAUCAUAGAAGGGCUGCCGCAGGAGAUCAGUGAGCAGGACGUUGAUGGAGAGCAGUACAUGAGCUAUGCAGUCCUGGGCCGUGACAACAAGAUCUUAGAAGAUGCAGCAUACACAUGUGAUCCACAUAAGACUGACGAUUAUAAUGUAUCUGCUAGAAUGUGCCAUGAAUCAUUUAAAGGUGCAGAAAUGGCUUUUGUAUGGAAGAAAUAGAGUGAAAAUAUUGUGACAAGUGUCAGAGGACAAUAUAUGCUCAGGAUAAUGUGAGAAACUUGUAAGCCUGUAGAUACACCUUUAUUUAAAAUUGUCCUUAAUAUUAGACAUGUUCAGCUUUAUUAUAACUGUCCUUCAUAUUAUUGAUGGCUUAGUAUCAUGUUAGGUAACACUGGUCAGAAUUGAAUUGGUAAUCAUAUCAUUGGAGUUUAGUGUUGAAUUUCUCCCCAAUGCAUCAUUAUACUUUCUCUUGGGCACUUUUGUCAUUUCCUGUUUUUGUUUUCGUUCAAAAAGAGGAAUCAGUCAGAACCGGGAUUUGGUGGUGAGCAACAAAUAACACUGAACAUUGCAUUUUAGAGGCCUAAUGUGGUGUCAUGGUCACACUUUAGUUUGGGGAAUACAUAUAUUUACUAUGACUUCUG